UAGGGCUCCUAGAUCUCAUCCAGACAAGGAAGAAAAGAGAAAAGAAAAGAAGAUUUUGGUUGAUUGGCUCUGGAGGCGCGGCGGAGAAAUUUUCAGGGAAACGAAUUUCACCGAUCUAAAUCCGAUCAACCGGGCGGUCAUUAAUAAACGAACUUUAUUGUCUCUGUAAUCUUCGAUAUUUCAAGCCGUAUAUUGCCUUUAAUCAUAACUAAACCAAAGCAAAGAAGAGGAAGAGGAAGAGGAACAAGAACAAGAAGAAGAAAAAGAAGAAGAAGAAGAGGAAGAUCGUAAUGAUCAUUGUUGAAGAUUUGAAGAAACAGGUAUCAAAACAAUGUAGCUUUUAUGAUUUCUACACUUUCUUUGUGGAUGUUUUUCUUCGACAGAGGGCUGAAGGAUUUAUAUCGUCACGAGAUUUCCUAACAAAUUAGAGAAGAAAAAGUUAGGGUUUCUGAAUAUUGUGCAAGACAACUCUCGGAUUUUUCUAGAUUUAGGAAAACUAUUUGUGGCUGCUUGGCACGUGCUUCGUUAUAGAGCUUUUGGAGGAUUUCAUUAUGCAUCUUGGAGCUAAUACGAUUAGUAGUGGCGCAGAUGAUUUUUCUUCUAGAUUUAUUUAUAGACGAUAUGAAUGUGUUAUAUUUCGUUUACUACAUGAUUGGAUCUAUUCGUUAUGGACGAAAUUAUUUUACUUCCGGAGCUCCGUCCACAUGGUAGCUUGUGAAACUCUAGCUGCAUGUUUGCAAGAUUAUGAGCUUCACGUUAUGUGGCUUUUGAUGGACGAUAACAAGGACUAUAAGUGGGAAGCUCACUUAGAUUCAAUGUAUUUGCCUUGUAUAAUAACUGAAACAAUGGAUUCAAAAUUGUGUUGACAAUGGGAGGCGCUGAUUAGACAACACAAGUGGCUUAUUAUGAAUUAGUUAAUAUCGUUUAGAAAAAACUGAAUACAGAACACCCCUUUUGGUUGUUAAACACAUACUUAUAUGUAUCUUGAUUAUCUGUUAGCAUGUUAUUAUUUGGUCGCAAAGAAGCCCUGGAUCCUUGUUUUGGAACUAUGUCAAAAGCUACAAUCUGAAUUGAGGAAGUACUUGCAGGCCAAAACUGGUUAAUUCAACCUGCCUCAAGGUAUACUAGGUUGGAAACGUUUUGGCCCAGCUGUAAUCACCAGGGAGGGAUCAUUGCCGUCAAAGUCUUUCAAGAUUGGAGGAAUUAAAUUAAAAACAAGGUCUUGCACUUGCACUGGGGUUUCCUCAACCCUGGUGUCAAAUGGAAAACAAUGGGCAACUGCUUCGUGCAAGACUUGUCACGGUAGACAAUUAGUUGAUGGAAAAGGGUCUGUAUCAGCAAAUAUGAUGAGCACUCUAGGCCCAGAGCUUACAAACUUUUUAAAUCCUGAGUUGACUUGGAAAACAGUAGCAAAAGGAAAUAGAAGUGCUACAAGGCGAACUAGGAAACAUUUUGUUAGAAAUUUCACAGCAGGGGUUGAGCUAACCGAUAAGAGUCGUCAAAGGGCAGAGAAUGGAACAGUUUCAGAAUCUGAGAAGCUUGGUGUGGCUGUUUUGGGACGACGAUUCAGUGACAAAAUAGAGCAUGUUCCUAUUAAGAAAAGAAAAUUUAAUCUGCAGUCUACAUCGUCGCCACCUUGUAUACCUUCAUGCAUUGAAGUGGUGUACCAUUCUUCAAGUCGAGGAUGUUAUCCAAAUUCAAACAGCAAGAAACAGCAUAGAGUGAUUGAUGUUUCUACAGAAGUUACUAGUCCUUGUUGUAAAGGGGAGAUCUCUGAGGAACUGAAUGGGAAGCUUGGUUAUGGAGAAGAUUUCUCUGGUAUUGAAAUUCUUGCAGCUGUGGCUUGUGAUAGCAGCUUUAAUGCUGACCAGGAUAAGGAGAAUAAAGUGGUGGAAGAAUCAGAGCGAGUUGAGGAAACAGUUGCAUCAAUGGAAGCAACUAAUCUUUCCAUGAAAGAUCUGGCACUUGAAGAUAAAAAGGAAGUGUCUUCUUUUCAGGAUGCUACCACUACGUCUAUUCAGAAAUCUCCUAAUGACAAGGAUGACAAGAGAGGGAAAAAGUCUGCUUCUGCCCGAGAUGAUAGGUUACACUGGGAUUUAAAUGUUGUGAUAGAUGCCUGGAAGCAACCUUGUGAUAUUGAGAAUGCUGGUUCUCAGACUAACCCUGUUGUUACAUCAGUGGUUGGGAAUGGAAAGCUCCACAUGUUCGAAGGUUGUGAGAUGGAGAAGGAAACUAAAGAAAUCAAACAUUAUGAGGUGAUCACGGUAGAUUUAUCUGAAGUACAUGGGGAAACCCACACACCUUCAGAUCCAAGGGGCCUGCUUCAUGAUUCAAACAGAAUGGACGAACAGUCAGAAACUAGCUUUAGCCUUGACUGCUGCCAUAAUGAAUGUGGUGAAGGUGCAAAAGCUAAUACUCAGGCUGUCGGCAUAAAUGGAAGCAUCAAUAAUGUUGCAUCCCCUUGUAAUACAGCAGGCAACAUAGUACUCCGUGAUUGCUGCGAGAAGACAGAAGGCUGUUCCUCUGGUCUUCAACAGGAAGAAAUUGUGUGUGUAGAAAAUGUUGAAGUUGAGAAUUGUGAUGUUGCUUCUUUUGGACCUGCAUUAGAUAGGGUUACUUGUGAGGUUGACAGCUCAACCCUAGAUGAAGAAGCUGAAGAAUCUGGUCAAGCAUCUAGUUGUUCUCCUCAAGAGAUGUUGAGUAUGGACAAUUGUCAAGCGACGGCAGCUGUAUCCCUUGAAAUGGAGCCUGCGGGUAAAGCAGAGGAAGUGGUUAUUGACCAUCCUUUACCUAAAUGUAAAGAAGGACCGACUUCCAGUGCAGUUGUUGAAGAAGUCAUUCCUGGAGAAACUGGGGAUGGGGUGGGAGUAGCUGAUGAAGUUGUUCAUGGUAAUGUUGUUGAUAUUGAUUCGUCUGUGGAUGUCAGGUCUGAUAAGCUGAUGUGCAUGUCUUCUGGAAAUUUUACUGAUUCUGGAGAAACAGGAUGUCUAUAUACCAUUCAUGAGAAAUGCAGGGGUAAUACUCCUACAAAUGGCUUAGAAAAGAUCAAUAUUGAAGGUUCUUUUGAUGAAACCUGUGAGUCAGACUCUUAUCAAGAUGAUAAGGUUCACAUAGAUGCCAUUGAAAAAACUCAGGAACCCCAGGAAGCUGGUUAUGAUUCCCAGUUUGAGGAUGGGGAAUUGAGGGAAUCAGAUGGACAUUUCUGGGAGGAUAAUGGAGGUGAGGGCGCUGACAUUGAACAAGUGGACUAUGGGUCUGAUAGUGAUGGAGGAAGAUUAUAUAAUUUGGAUGUGGAGGAGACUGAGAGUAAACGAGGUGGAUCUAGUGUUGUGGCUGAAAAAAUUGAACAAUGUUCCAUGGGAAAUGCUUUCAGAGAUCAUUUAACAAGCCCAAAGAUGAAAACUUCGGAAACCAUUGAAAGAUGCAAAACAAAGAAUGAUACUGCAGAUUCUGAGGAUGGACCCAGUAGUAAAGACUUCACCUCUAGAGUGGUUGGACCUAGGGCAUUGAAGAGGGAUUUGCCAUCACGCAUUGAGGGACCUUUAUCCACUGAUGCCUCUGAUUCCGUAGAAAGAAACAGGUUUGAUGAUUUUGAUGAUGUAUGUCCUCGUCCGUUACGGGGAGCUGGUUUAAACAAAUAUAUAGCAAGGGAUAGAUAUGCUACUUCGGAAAUGCACUGCAGAAGUGGUGGCGGUGGCCGCAGUGUGGGUAGCCGUCACUCACCAAUUUCCUAUGGCCCUUAUGCUUCCGUGCAUCCUAGACCAAGAAAUGUUAUUGAGAGCCGAGGAUUUGUAAUGACCUCUGACCGUGCAAUUUCAGAUGCUGAAGCCGUUGAAGGAUUUGACAGUCGCAGGCAAUAUUUAAGCUCCUCCUCAGGUAGUUUCUAUCGGCCUUUUAAUCAGAGGUAUGCAGCCUACAGGGAUGAUUUUUAUGGAACAUAUCUUGUUAGAGAUGAUAUUAAUCCUGAUCGGGGUAGGUUUAGAAAAUAUCCACAAGGGGUUAGUAGAAGCAUCAGGGAGGAAUUUCGGAGGCCCAUGCCUAAUUAUUCCUCUGAAUAUACUGAUCACAUCACCUAUCGAAUGAGGAGGAGAGAAAGAAGUAUUUCUCCACAACCUUAUAGGAAAUCUCGAUCAAGAUCCAGAAGUCACUCACCCAGAGCAUGGUUAUUGUUAAGGGAACGAAAUGAGGUAUCAAGACGUCGCAGUCAGUCACCGGAUUUUAGAUCUGCUAGAACGGAUAGGGUGAGGUUGCAUUUUCAAAAACGUUAUGCAUCAGAGUAUGAUGAAGACUUUGUAUCCCUUCCAAGAAAUCGCUUGUCACCACAAUGUAAUUCAAGGUUUGAUUACCGGAUUUCUGGGUCAGAUAAUUUUAGGGAUAGGAAAUCACCAUCUAUGAGGAUGUUCCAAAAGAGCCAAAGAUUUGAUUCAGUAUGUUCUAUCAAACCCAUGGUUCAUCCAAGAAGAUUGGCAGACAUUGGUAGUGGUGGUAGGGAAUAUAAAUGUGAAGUUGGUGGUGAAGAUGAUAGAAGAAAACAGGGGAACAGGUACAAGACGAUGCCUCGAGUUAGGCGAUACGAUACUGAUGGUGUGACGCGGUGGUGAUUGAGAUAUAACAUCACCGAAAACUCUUAAGCCUUUCAUGAAUCACCAGGUAAAGCUCAAGGAUUCGAAAUGUAGGUUGUCUGCCAAACCAGAUGCACAAAUUUCUGCCACUUCUUGCCUCAUCCUUCUGGGGCCGCUUACAAGAACUCCAAGGCUAAAUCCUUCCAUAUCCAUCAGUGUUUCUGCAACCAAUUAUUUAGUGGAGUUAAAUCGAAUCAUAGAUUGGUUAUAUUUUAGACUUAUUUACAGCAUCGCAGAAUUAGCAGUAAAUUUGGAUUGAAUUGAAUUUAAACAAGUGUCAGUUCAAAUUUGUUUGAAUUGUUGUACAAUAUCAAUAAAAGAUUAUUAAUAGAAUGAACAAUGUUGUUGUUGAAAUAAUAUCACUGAAAGGAUAAACGAGUUAAAUUUGAUUUGAA